GGCAGUGCUGGUGGAAUGAAUAGCUGGUUUGUCUAUUCAGCUGUGAAUGCCUCAGUCAGUGUCAGCUCUUUUAGCCUUACACUGGCCCUUAAAUUUCAGAGUUCAGAUCUAGAGAAAGGACUGCAGAAGCACAAAAAAAUUGGGACGCAUUCCCAGAGGACCAUGGGAUCAGAACGUGAUAAUAUUGAACUGAGAGUUGCAUCGACUGACGAGUUGACCAAGAAGGAGGAGGCAAAUAGAGAAAAGGGCAGCCCUAAGAACACAGCCCCAGGGGUCGUUGUGGUGCAGGGCUCAGGCGGAGAACAUGACACCACCCCUGGUGACAAAGGAACAGUUACUGAGCCCGGUAACCCAGGUCGUGCACAUGAGGCUGUGAUCAAUAUCAACCGCUAUGCCACCAAGAAGAGUGUGGCAGAGAACAUGUUGGAUGUUGCCUUACUUUUAGCAAAUGCGUCUCAACUGAAGUCAGUCUUGGAGCAGGGUCCUGAAUUCAAAUUCUACACCACUCUCAUCGUUUUGAUCAGCAUUUCACUAUUUUUCCAGGUGAUCGUUGGAGUGCUUCUCACAAUUAUCGCUAAGAAAGAUCUGAAUGAUGUCAGUAGGCAGAAGGAGCUUGAUAUUCUAAAUAAUGUUGCUACAGCUCUCAUCCUUGUUACUGUUGUUGUCAACAUAGUAAUAACUGGAUUUGGAGUCCAAAAACCAGGGCUUUUUCCUCCUGUUCCAACAAAACCAUCAAGAGGUUCAAGAGGAUAGAGAGUAUGUGAACCCUCUUGACUGCCAUUUUUGAAGCCGUUUCUGGGGAACAGAAUGCUAUUCAAACCUGAUUAAACCAUCACUUAAGGAGGCACUGUCAUUAUUUUUCAGAGCUAUUCAGCCAAAACAUAUCUGAUGGCCUCUGCAUGUUGAAGCUUUGAAUGUGGAGAAUUCCUUGAAUAAUUACCUCCUUAAACAUCCACUUACUAGAAACCAGCUGUUAUGCUAAGAAGCCAUCUCAAUGGAGCAAAUAUGAAAUAUUAUAAUUAUGUAGCUUGUAGAAGCAUUCCACAUCCUUAAGUAUUGUCGCAGUCUUCCAUUUUUGUGUUCCAUGUGCCUUUCCUCUUUAUAAUUAAGUUUACCUUCCAAAUACAAAGCCAGUAAAUAUUUGUACUUCAGAACCAAUUUAUAUCUAUUACAAAAAUAUAGAUAAAACACUUACAUGUCUGAAAUAAAACACUAUAUAUUUAUUUUAGUUAUACUAUAGCUGAAUUUGUAUGUGAAACAGAUUUUUAUGAGCAUUUUACUAAAUACAUGUCACCAAGACAAAGCUUUAAUUCAUCUAAAUUAUCUUACUUUACACAUUUAGCAAUACAGUACUGCUAAUUUGUUGUUGCCUUUGUACUUUAACAUAACUAAUUACAUAACUUUUAGUACCUGAGAUGCUGAUAUGUGAAAUACUAUGUAACUGCUGUUUAUACUCUGGUAUGCAUGCAAUGUUUUGUUGCAAUCCUAUUCAAUUUGUUUAUCUUUUGGAUUUUGCUUUCCAAAAUGUCAUUAUUUUAUGCUGCAGAGUUCAUUUCUACAUUUCUGUAUAAAGAUGAUAUAAAAGACAAAAUGAAUAUGUGAAUUCCAUGUGCAUUUUGUUCAAUGUGCCAUUUACUUACUGUUAUGUUUUACUGAUAUUAAAAAAGUGGAACCAGCUAGCAUAUUUCCAUUUUAAAUGUGCUCUGUAAGCCUCAUUUUCACAAAAUAAAUAAAUAUAUUUACUAAAAUGA